AUGUCCACCCUCGAAGUUUCGACAAUCCUCCUGCUCGCCCGUAAAGGCAGCGUGCUCGAGCAAGCUCCAUCUCAGCUCCUCCAGGCGGCAAGUGCCGCCAGCGAUGAAUCUUUCUCGUCUCCCUCUCCCACCUAUCCUGAUCUGCGCGUCUACACGGGAAGCAGCGUCGCCGAUGUGCGCAGCGCCUUCGACCAGGCCUCCGCCGAGGCCCACGCGAUCCAGCACGUCUUCGUCGGCGCGGGCCUGGAGCUCGAGAACCGGCUCGAGAUCGUCAGGGAGGUAAUCACGCUCAGCGCCAGCGUCUGCGUGCACUUGAAGGAUGCCACAUCGGGGCCCCACGGGUUUGUGCCCUUUGUCAAGGCCGUCUUGGGAGGGAUGCGUGACGGGAGGCAGUUGGGAAGCACCAGUGUUCCCGCAAGGUGA